CAACAAUAUUAAGCAGAAUGAGAUUUCCACCACCAGCACUUCAAGCGUCAAAGAUUCUGUCUAGAGGACUCCUGACAUCAACCAGAAAAUCCUUCCCCCCUCAAAAUGCCCUACUUCACAAGUUCCUUCUUCCCUUUAUGUCAGAUAACGCUGAAAGAACUGCCAUCAUAGACUACGAGACCAAAGCCGAGCUUACCCACGGUGAAAUAGCAGAAAAUGUGGGUAAAAUAGCUCGCAGGAUGAUAGAUUGGGGUGUAAAACCUGGUGAUCACGUGGGACUGAGUUCGUUUAACCACUUGUACUACUUCCCCUUACAACUGGGCAUCAUGGCUGCUGGGGGUCGGGUGGCUCUGUGUAAUCCUGGCUAUACAGGUAGAGAAGUGGACCAACUGUUCCAGACUGCUGAUGUCACCAGAGCUAUUGGACAUCCUAAAAAUGCAGAUGCAAUAAAAGAUACUUCUAAACGACAGGGUCUUCCAGAACCCCUAGACAUAUCAAACAUCAUCGAAGAGAGCAAGCAUUACUCCUCUGAACUACCCGACGUGGAGAUGGGUAUACACGAUACCUGUGCCCUGUUUUACAGCAGUGGAACUACUGGCUUCCCCAAAGCGGUGGAGAUUACCCAUGAUAACUUCGUGAGCCAGUGCAUGUUGCUGGAUGAUCCGGGGUGCUUCAACUUUAGUAUUGAUACUGUUAAUAACGGAUUUCUGCCCUCGUUUCACGUAUUUGGAAGUGUUGUUGGUGCACAUGUACUUCACAAAGGAGCAGCCUCUGUAAUGCUCGAUGGGUUUAAUCCCCUGACCUUCCUUGGUGCUACCCAGGAUUACAAGGUCUCCUUCGCAACGGUAGUACCCCCAAUAAUGGUAUUCCUUGCCAAACACCCCCUGGUGGACAACUACGAGCUGUCCAGCCUGCGGGACCUGGUCUGUGCUGCUGCGCCGCUCUCUGAACAAUUGGAGAAUGAAGUUAGAACCAGGUUAAACAACGAUAAGCUCAACUUCCGUCAAGGUUACGGUCUCUCGGAAACUACAGCUGUAUCCCACCACGUUAAUAGAGACACGGGGAAGGCUGGUUGUAUAGGGGGCACUGCUAAAAACACUGUUUCCAAGGUGGUAGAUCCGGAGACAGGUAGAGAGUGCGGUGUAAACGAGCCUGGAGAGAUCUACAUCAAGGGACCCUGCGUUAUGAAGGGCUACUACAAAAAUCCUAAAGCUAAUGCUGAAACUUUUACGGAUGAUGGUUUCCUAAUAACUGGAGAUAUUGGGUACUACGACGAAGACGGCGAUUUCUUUAUCGUUGAUAGGCUGAAAGAGCUUAUUAAAGUUAAAGGCUUUCAGGUCGCACCGGCUGAACUAGAAGCACUUCUCCUAGAGCAUCCCCUGAUCGCUGAUGCUGCAGUGAUAGGCAUACCCGACGAAAGAGCCGGAGAGAGACCUAAAGCUUUUGUAGUGAAACAACCGGGGGCUGAUCUGGGGGAGGAAGGGGUGAAGAGUUUUAUUGGGGAACACGCCUCGGAUUACAAGAUACCUGCCGAGGUGGAGUUUAUUGACAUGAUCCCGAAGCUACCAAGCGGUAAAAUACAGAGGAAAGUGUUGCGUGCAAGUGAACAAGCGAAACGGGACGCAAAGCAAUAAUAUGGAACUUUCACAAUUAAGAUUUCUUUAUCCCAAAUCUAUCGGGAUAUUAAGAUGGACUAAUGUUAUGAAACUAAAUUAUUGUUCAAUUUUAAAAAUAUUUUCUGGAAUGUGCAUGUAUGGGGUAUCCUUUCAUUCAAUUUAAUGAGCAAGAUAAAGGUAAGUAAGAGAUCUAUAAUUCCUUACUUGAAAGCUUUAUAACCUAAAACUAAUUUUACGAUGCCUUGUAAGGAAAUGUUAAGUUUUUCAGAUGGCGUGACAGUAAUCACUCUCCGGGGCCAUAUAAACAAAUUGCUUAACCCAUCAUCCUUACCUUAUAUAACAUGGCACCGACUAAAGUUUUAAAAUGUACACUUCAGUUUUAAAUCAGACGUUUUUAUUGCAUUACUAGUGUAACCCGUGCCUUCGGCCGGGACAUUACUGUCACAGUUGCAAUGUAAAAGUAUACAACCGCAUUAUAUAUUUGAUAUCACGCAUAACGCUGUCUUAUGAAAGUAUGAAAUCUCCCUGCAGUUGAAACAAAGCGGCCGCAAGAGUGAGCUCUAAGCUUAUAGUAUUACGUGGGGCUAAACUAAUUACGGUACAUGUUAUCCUCCUCGUUCUCUCUCCCAUCCAUUUAUGUCACAUUUCUGGAACAAAAUCAUCAAUUAAACCACUUACCACCGGCCGAUUUUUAUAAAAUUUGCUUAUGGGCUUCGUCAGAGUUUUGUCAGCACUAUACCGAAAAAACCAGUCCCGUAACUAUUACCGUUUUUUUUGUAUAACCGUUCGGAAAUUACACACAGACACACAGACACACAGACACACAGACACACACACAUUCUGGUGUUAUUAAGUUGAUAACAUGGUUUUUACAUAAGGAUUUUAUUAAUUUGGCUUCAUUAAUGUAAUGUAUUUUAGUGUGUUUAACCUUUUAAACAUAUGACUCAAAUUCCGGAAUUGAUAGACACUGACUAAUAAAGUUUGCGUUAAUCUUAAUCUAAUUUAAUCAUGACUAAUUAUAUUUUACGACGUUAGUAUUUAACGAGUUAAAUAGAGUGAAUAUCAAAUAUGUCAUUCAAAAUGAAAAAAAUCUGAUUUUUUUAAUAACCCGUGGAUUUGAGCCAAGGAGUUGAUGUUGUCAAUUAAUAAUCAUGUGUUGUAUAGAGAAUGAAGAAUGUUUUUCUGUCUUGAAAUGUGUAUCGUUAGCUCUAACUC